AGCUGAUCCCCCGCAUUCUCCCCCUCAUUAAUCGCUUGUGCUGCGCCGGCAUAUAUUAAGGAAAAAGUUGGCGCGCUCCAAGAGUUUCCUCGGUAGACAAUCGUUGCCCGUCGUUCGAGACAGUCACUCGCCGAAGCGGCGUAUGAAUACGCAUUGGAGCCGUACACUUACACCACUCAAUUUUAAGGGUUGCCUAGAGAACCAACCGCGCUUCUCCAUGGUGAGGCAGCGAUGAGGCUUGUGUAAUCGACCCGGCAAGCCCAGCUGUACUUCCCCUCUUAUCAGUUACAAGGAUUAUCAUCCAUAAAUAGAUGUUCCCGCUAUCUCGAUGGAAUCUCUUCCAAGGGACCUCAAGGGAAUACUCAAGGGAGUCUGUCUGACAACGUGCGAGUGGCGAGCGUUCUGCUUAACAGCUUGAUCGAAUUCGCGCGACCGCCGCGAUAAGAAUAGAAUAGAAUAUAUCGCUGUCGCAUACAGAUGGGGACAAUGGAAGAUAAAAACAAUGGCGGGAUCACGCUCCAAUCGACAAGGUCCAAGCUGGAAAUCGAAUCUGGCAGCUCCGCCGAAAGUAUCGCGAGCCCCGGAGAGCCCGAAAACAGGCGGAGAAGGAAGACCGGCUGGGCCGCUCAGCGCGUGUUCGUCACCGCGGUGGACCUGAUUAACCACGCAUUGAUAAUACUGGUGACGUCGUAUCUUGUGUAUGUCGCCAGCGAUCGGUAUUCCGUAACGAAUGUGCACAUAAUCCUCUGCACUAUUGGGUACAUCCUGCUGAUGUCGGAAGCCAUCCUGGUGCUCGCAGGCGAAAACAUCCUGACGAGUGCGUUCUCGCGCCGGGCCAACAAGAACAUCCACUGGGUGCUGCAGGUGCUCGGACUGAUCUGCAACCUCGUCGGCGUCGGCAUCAUGUACAACGCUAAAAGCGCGCAUUUCCUCUCCGUCCACGGUAUCCUCGGCUUCUCCUCGCUGGUGAUCGUGUUCGUGUUGGCGAUCUUCGGCUACCCGGUGCUGAUCGCGGUGAAACUCCGCAAGUUCGUACGCCCGGUGGUUGUCAAGCUCGUGCACAAUUUUCUGGGCAUCGCCUGCUUCGUCCUCGGUAUGCUCGCGCAGUGCACCGGCUACCAGAAGAGAUUGAUAUACAGAGCGACGCAGAUAGAGAACAUCGACACGGCCCUGUUCGUUCUUACGGUGGUGAUCAUGCUAUUGUCCCUGAGGGGCGCGCUUUUUUCUCUCGCCAGCCAGACCCUCGCUCUCGUGAGGUCAAUUUGCCCCGCCGUUUCAUCAUACACGGACGUCGUCGAUGCGUCGAGCUCCACGUUCGGCAAGUCGUAAAUAUAUCCCGCGCUAUUUACUUACUUUCUCUGCAGCUGCGAGGAUAAUUAUCAAUAAUUAGAAUGCAAUAUAUCCUCAACGGUGCCUUCCAGUCAUAUUGUUGCAUUUGUGCGAUUUUGCGACAGGAUACAAAUGCGCGAGUACGUGUACGUGUGUGUGUGUGUGUGUGCGUGUGCGUGUGUGUGUGUGUGUGUGUGUGUGUGUAACAUUCGGUAAAAACUAUAUUAAUUAGGUAAUACGAUACAUUAGAGGAAUUAAUAUUUAUUGAUAAAAGCUCGAGUUAAAUGUAGAAAUAUGAUAACGGGGAGAUUUUUUAUAUGACGUGUAACGCGUUACCAACCAGAAAGAUCUGAGCUCGCAGAUGAAAAAAAUUUGAAAUACAAAAUAAUAAAAUUUUGAGCGCGUUUCUCUCCACGUGAACGAGUAUGUUCUUGCAUUGGAAUUAAUGGCGGCUAUAUGCGACGUGCUCGAAAGGGAGAAAUAUUCGGCAUGUUACGAAAAUAAAAAUAAAGGAUGAUGCAUGGAAACGGCA